AUGUCCACAGCACCCAAAGAGACCGAGACCGAGGCGGCGCCCUGGUACGCCGCCUACCCCGAGCCUCAGUCGGACCUGAUGAACAUCUCGCGCGCAGAGGUGCUGGAGAUGCUCAAGGGCUCGACGGGGGAAACCGCCGGCAAGGAUUUCGUGCUAGUCGAUCUGCGAAGAGACGAUUGCAAGGGCGGCACAAUCCGCGGCUCAAUCAACCUGCCCGCCCAGUCCAUGUACCAGACUCUCCCGACUAUUUAUGACAUGUUCAAGGCGGCGGGGGUGAAGAAGGCCAUCUUCUACUGCGGCACUUCGAGAGGCCGUGGUAGUCGUGCCGCGCGCUGGUUGUCGGAUUACCUCGUCAAAAUAGGCGAUAACUCGAUUCAAAGCUUUGCUCUGUUUGAAGGCAUCAAGGGCUGGGCAAACGCGGGGCCCGAGUACGUCGAGUUUAUGGAUGAGCACGAUGGGUCGGUUUGGGAGAGGUUGAAGAGCCAGUGA